CCGCAGAUAAGGGGUCCGCUUUCGAAUCUGUGCUACUUUAUUUGGCAAUCGUCAAAAGAUCGUUUGUCUCGCUUCCUCUUCUGGGCGACGUUGCAAAAAGUCCCCCGAUGUGCGGAAUUGAUUUGAUUUGACUUGACUUGACUUGCAAAGAUGGGAUGGGAUGGGAGCGGCGACUUGCUCAAUCGGGGGGUUGUUUCAAAAGUGCCACCACUGAAAUACACCUGCCACUGCUUGUACGACGUUGCAGGAGAGAUAAAUAAGAUCGCUGCUCCCCAAUUCUUCGGGUUUCUCGUACCAGCCAGUUCAAGUUCUUCUCUGACUCUUCAACUGAUCGCCCAUCAUGGUCGCCGAAACAGUCGUCCCCGAGCGUUUGCCCGAGGAUUCCCUCCAGCCUCGCUACGAUGAGACCGCGCAGCCUCGAUAUGACGAGAAGGAGCCCCAUUUCGACACGGACCUCAAGUCUGAGGCUGACAGCGAAGAUGAUCGUAUCGUCGACCUGUUCUCUAGCUUUCCUCCCGCAAAGGGUGUUGAGCAUGAGCCUAACCCUCUGACUGCACGUGCGGUCAUUGUCGGUAUCAUUCUUGGUUCGCUCGUCAACGCCUCCAACGUCUAUCUCGGCCUCAAGACUGGUUUCACCUUCCCCGCUACCAUGUUCGGCGCUAUCUUCGGCUACGGCUUCAUCCUCAUGCUCACAAAGUCCCUCCCUCACGUCCCCAUCCUCGGCGGCAAAUUCGGCCCCCAAGAGAACUCCAUCAUCCAGGCCGCUGCCACCGGCGCCGGCGGCAUGUCCGGUGUCUUCGUCGCCGGUCUUCCCGCCAUGUACCGUCUCGACCUUCUCUCCGACGACCCCAAGAAGGACUUUGGCCGCAUCCUCACCAUCACCUUUGUCUGUGCCUUCUUCGGCCUCUUCGCUGCUGUGCCCCUCCGAAGAUUCUUCAUCAUCAACGUCGCGAGGGAGCUUAACCUCGUGUUCCCUACGCCUACUGCUACUGCUAUGACUAUCCGCUCCAUGCACGCUGUUGGUUCUGGUGCGGCUGAUGCGCUGCGAAAGAUCAAGGCGCUGGGUAUUGCUUUCAUUAUUGCUCUGCUCAUCAUCUGUGUUGGACAAUAUGCCGACGGUAUUCUUCACAACUGGCACAUCUUCACCUGGUUCUACGUCUGGUCUGGAUACACUGCCAGUGGUCUUCUUGAGCCUGAGAACUGGGGUUGGUACAUCCAGCUCACUCCCGCCUUCUUCGGCUCCGGUAUCCUUGUCGGUCUCAACGCUGCUGUCUCUUGGUGGGGUGGUACCGUCGUCGCCUGGGGUCUCAUCGGUCCUCUUCUCGUCCACUACGGUGAGUGCAUUGGUAUCGCCGUCGGUGAGGGUAAGUGGGAAGGCAUCACUCGAUUCAGCGUCAUGACUGGAGUCGAUGACCCCGACUACGUUCCCUCUCCCCGAUACUGGAUGCUCUGGCCCGGUGUCAUGGUCCUCAUGGUCUACUCUCUCAUUGAGUUCUUCCUCCACGGAAAGGUUGUCUGGGAUGGUAUCAAGUUCGCCGUCCAUGAGUCCGCUCGCUCCAUCAACAACAGACUCCAGGCUCGCGGCCACAGCAACGCUUGGUUCGCUAAGCAGGCUGCCAAGGCUGAUGCCGACGGUGGUGUUGAGGACUUUGCUUCCGCUCAGGACCAGGUCCCUACUUGGGUCUGGGUCGCCGGUACUCUCGCUGCUCUCGUUCUCGCCAUGAUCGUCAGUGAGGUCCAGUUCCACAUGAACGCCGGUCUUGCUCUCCUCGCCUGUAUCCUCGGUGUCAUCUUCGCCUUCAUGUCCAUCUAUGGUGGCGCCGUCACUGACUGUGCUCCUCUCACUGCUUCCGCCAAGGCUUCCCAGCUUGUCUACGGUGGUAUCACCAAGAACCACUUCGCCAUCAAGGACGCCCAGCGAAUCAACCUUGUCGCCGGUAACAUUGCUUCCGGUACCGCUGAUGUCGCCAACUCUCUUGUCAGCGACUUCCGAGUUGGUUUCCUCCUCAAGACUCCCCCCAAGCUGCAGUUCUACGCCCAGGCCAUGGGUACUGUCGUCUCCGUCUUCCUUGCCCCCGGUAUCUUCGUCCUCUUCAUGUCUGCAUACCCUUGCGUCUACCGACCCAGCGAUGACCCCGCUGAUAUCUGCCCCUUCGCCGCUCCCUCCGUUGCUGCUUGGCAAGCUGUUGCCACCGCUGUCACCAUGCCCAGCAUCCCUAUUCCCAAGUCCUCCGCCUACUUCUCCAUUGCUAUGGGUAUUCUUUGCGCUGUCCAGGCUAUCGUCAAGCACUUUUGGCUCGUCGGUUCCCGCGAGAAGUACCGUGAUUGGCUCCCCAACUGGAUGUCCGUUGGUGUCGCCUGGGUUCUCGGCCCCGACUCCGGAUAUGCCAACGCCAUUCUCUUUGGCUCUAUUACAGCGUGGUGGUGGCGCAAAUGGUUCAACAACCAUUUUGAAAUGUAUGCUUUCGCGAUCGCUGCUGGUUUGAUCGCCGGAGAAGGAUUUGGUGGUGUCAUCAACGCCGCUCUCGAGCUCGGAAAGGUCAGCGGUUCUUUCAAGGGAACUGAGAUUGCUCUGCCCGGUGCUGAGUGGUAAUUACUCAAAUAGUUAAUGCGUCAUGAGAGUUUGUUGAGCGUUUGGCGGAAGUUGUUACAACGAUCAAAUAGCUGGCUUUGCCAUAUGAAUAUACCCACUUGAUCUUCAA